CGUGAAUGCAGCAUAUCUGAUACGGGAAGUGUACACAACUGAGAUGAGACGAUUUUGACUCCUCCAACUUUUCUGCUCUCAGCAAACCCACAUUCUGCGCUGAAGCAUCACAAUAAAACACAGCUGAGCCAUGGCCAACAUUCAGAUCCGGAAGUAUCGGGAUGACGACGCUGAGGCAGUGAAGGAGAUCUUCACCCUGGGGAUGAGCGAGCACGUGCCUUCGUCCUUCAUGCACAUUCUGAAACAGCCGCUGACCCAAAUGGUGCUCAUGGUCAUGUUCUGCGCUCUCAUGGCCAGCUCCAAGUCCUUCCUGCUACCCAUCCUGGCCGCCACCCUCUUCCUGGCUGGGACCCGGCAGUUUGUCGUCUACGUGUUCAACAGAUAUCUCGAAACCUCCUACAGGAAAGACCUCAACAGAAUCAGGGAGUUCUACUUGCAGCAGAAGGACUCCUGCUUUUGGGUGGCUGAAAGUGACGGUCGGGUGGUCGGCUCGGUGGCUUGCCUCCCCGCUGUGGGAGAGCCUGGGUGCCUGGAGCUGAAACGCCUGUCUGUACGCCGCAGUCACCGUAGGAUGGGCAUCGCUAAGGCUUUGUGCCAGACAGUAGCUGAUUUCACUCGUGAGAGAGGUUUUCCAGCAGUUGUCUUGUACACCUUUGUGGUGCAGACAGAUGCUCAGAAGCUGUAUGAGCACAUUGGCUACGAGAAGAUAAGAGAGAUUGCCCUUUCUGAGCUUGUGGCCAAAAUCCUGAACUUUACUCUGCUUGAGUACAGGCUCUAUGUACAGAGAGACGGAAAAAAGGACUGAGUGGUCCUAAACUGAAACACACAGAGACCGUGUAACAUUUUAGGGCACAGUACCGUCCAGUCACUCAGGUUCUAUACUUGUGUCUACCCAGCAUGCAUUGCAGCUACGGCAACCAAAUACUCAGGUGACGGGAACUGUGGCAGGUUAGGCAUGUUCUCUGUUCUCAAACACACAUAUUGAUCAUUUAUUAUUGUUUUUUUUACCGUUGACAGAAAUAUCUGCUGUACUCAUGAUGUUUAAGGGUUUGUGUUGAUUCAGCUUCCUGAGGGUCUUUUGAUUAUUUAAUUUUGUAAAGGAUUUCACAACACUGAGAAUAAACCGACGGAUCCGAACAUGCUUCUAAAAUUUGGCGCCAGUUUUUUUUUGGUUGUACCAUUAAGGAUUCAGUGAUCAGAUACCCCGGAUUAGUGUCGGUCCUGAGAAUGAUCUCGGUCAGUGGAUCAGGUAUUGGCCGUGACACGAGCGAUCCACAUUAAAUGCUAUGUUUUCUUUUCUUGUUGUUGUUUUUUUUUAGUCAAUGUCUUUGUAAAAUUCAGUGUUUCUGUUAUCGUUUAGAUUGUUAAUUCAUGACAGGCUGCCAGUUCAGUUUUUAGUGCCACAUUAAUCCUUUAUAGCCUCAUGAAUUUUGAGGAAAAGAGAGCAGUCGUAUUGGAUUAGCGCUCUGUAUUUGCAUCAGUAGAUAACGGGAGAACAAGUUGGAUUGGUGCAUCCCUAGUACAGGUUUUUGCCAUGUGCUCGCUUUACCCGAAGCAUGUUAUGAGAUUAUGCUGCACUGGAAAUUAGGUGGCUGUGAAUGUGUGAACGCUAAGCUGCUAUGAAUAUCUACUUUAAAAGCAUACGUGUUGUUUUGCAUUCUUUUCAUAUCAGCCAAAAACAUGACCUAAGGGGAGCGAAUCCUCUGCUGCUCUUAACUGUGAGUGUUUGCAUUAGUUACAUAUGGGCUUGGGUAUUUAACAGACAUGCAUGUGUGAUUUGUACUUUGCUCAUACUAGGACCAGGUUUGUAAUGUGAUGGGGAAACUAUUUUCCAGUUGUUUUUUCUGAUCAUCUGAAUAAUGUACUGUAAACUGACACUGAGCCCACCAGCUUUGGGUUUCUUCCUUAACCACAAAUAUGCUGCUGGAGGCCUAAAAGAGGAUCCUGUGGGGAAGUGAGUCAGAUAUUAAUGGUUUGGGUUUUACUGAGGUUCUGCUCUGGGGUUUGUUUUUUUUUCUGUGUUCCAGACCGAUGCUCGCAAGCUGCAAGGUUUGUCAUGUUGUUUUUAUCAGUACAGAUCUGAUGAAUAUCUCAUAUCAAAUGUGUGAUCAGGGUACAGGACUUAAAAAUAAAA